UCAUUAAUUCUUUGUAAUUCCAUCCAAUCCUGUUCCAUUUCAUCCCAUUCCAUUAUAUUAUUUCAUUGCGUUCUGGUAGCAUUCCAUUCCAUUCCAUUCCAUUCCUUUCAAUUCCAUUCCAUUCCAUUCCAUUCUAUUCCAUUCCACCCUAUCCCAUCCCAUCCCAUCCCAUCCUGUCCAAACCUAUUUCAAUCCAUCAAAUCCAAAUUCUUCUGUCCCAUCCCAUCCCAAUGAGAGGCUGGCGAGAGAAUGACUGUCACUGUAGUACAAGAGCAAUAAAUCACUCCGGGACACACUGUUAUAAGAAAACAAUCCCCUUCUCACCUUGAGUUGAGUCACAUCACUCUGUUUUUCUAUGUCUCUGUUUUAUUCCUUGAGAAACUUAAGGAGAUCAGGCGUCCUCUCUCGCACUAAAACACACCGUCAUGCCUAAAUAGAAAAUUUUUCGAAACCCCCAAGUAAACAAUAAACUCUUUGUAAAGUGAGUCUAAAACCCUGAGCUUAAUCUGUAAAAUGUGUUGUUUUUGUUGUUGAAAGAAAUAGGCCAGAAAUAUUAAUGCCAAAUGCCAGAAAUAUGGAUAAUUAGAAGGUAAUAAAAUAUUGUCUUUUGGUCAGUCUGCCAGAACUGUAAUUACAAUCACUGUGAGGCCUUGAACACAAAACACGCUUCAGAUAUUGGUUAUUUAAAAAAUAUCGAUUUAUUAAAUAUAGAAGGGAAGGAGAUGUGACACUGUCGCUGUUUGCAAAUCUGAUUAGCUUCUGCCGAUGUCAGUGUGCAAAAACUUUCCAGCAGUCAGCAGUAUUGAAAAGAGUGGUAUUGAAAAGAGCCAACCGUUUCCUUAUCACUCCCCAAUUAAAGCAGUGUUAUCGCUUGCGUAAGAAAGAGACAGUGUUGUUUGCCAGUCCUUUCCAAAUUCUCUAUCCUCCUUUCUUGCUGACACAGGAUUCAGUUUACGUGCACAGGCUUUGCUUAUUGCUCAGCUACAUCACUUUAUCGCAAAUAUUUACAUAUGUGGGCUUGCCAGGUUGAGUAAUAUCUCAUGAGCAAAGGUCGACCCUAGACCACAGAUUCGUUUUAGUCAACAAGCAAAUCAAUACAGUCUAGGUUCGACACUAAUGCUGCCGCUAACAAAUAAAUAAACCGUAUAGCAUCCAGUUUAGCACUGCCUCUUCCUCUAUCCUAGUCUCUGUCUCUUUCUCUCUCUCUCUCUCUCUCUCACUCUACCAGAAUGGUCUGCUGCCUGAUGUCGGGGUUUGCAGUUUCUGCAGCUAUCCUGUUUGUCGUCUUCUAUUGGUCCGUGCAGCGUAAUGGUAUGUGGGCAUUGAUGUGGCAUGACUUCAUCACCGAGCGACUAAACGACAUGCUCACUCGCUCCACACGGCCUCAGCGCAUGCUGAAGGCAGUGCAGAAGAACGCCACUAAAGGAAAUCCCAAGAGCGUCAUCUCUGCUAUCGACUACUUCUGCAAGCACUCGGAAUGGGCCAUGAAUGUAGGCGAUGAGAAAGGCUCUAUUUUGGACUCAGUAGUGACUGAGGUGAACCCCAGCACGGUUCUGGAGCUGGGGACGUACUGCGGCUAUUCCACAGUGAGGAUCGCACGCCUGCUCUCCCCCGGCACCAAACUCAUCACACUGGAGUUUAACCCGGCUAACGCCGCCGUCGCCAAGCAGAUCAUUGCCUAUGCUGGCCUACAAGAUAAGGUGAUUCUCGUGGAGGGCUCGUCGGGUGAUUUGAUCCCCCAAAUGAAGGAGCGUUUUGGUAUCACGACGUUUGACUUCAUCUUUCUUGACCACUGGAAGGAUCGCUAUCUCCCUGACAUUAAGCUGUUUGAGGAGUGUGGUUUGCUCAGGAAGGGCUCUGUGCUGCUGGCAGACAAUGUGAUUUGUCCCGGAACGCCGGAAUACCUGGAGUAUGUGAGGAAAAGUCCUCGCUAUGAGAGUAAAUACUUUCCCGCCCACCUGGAGUACACCAAAGUGGAGGACGGACUGGAAAAGUCGGUCUUCUUGGGGUAAACUAUAGGUGGAUUCCAACAGCAAUAACAGCAUCAACAAUAAAAAAUAUCAUCAGCAUAAACAACAAUAAAAACAACAGCAGCAACAACGGCAAAAAUAAAAACAAUAGUAGUAGUAGUAGUAAACAACAACAACCUCAAAAACAACAAUAGCAACAACAAAAACAGCAACAACAGCUGCAACACCACCAUCAACAGUAAAAAACAUCAUCAGCAUAAACGACAGCAGCAACAACAAUAAAAACAACAGCAGCAGCAGCAACAACAACAACAACAACAGAAACAACAACAGCAUCAACAGCAAAAACAACAGGAGCAACAACAGUAACAGUAAAAACAUCAGCAACAACAACAGUAAUUUCAACAGUAGCAACAGCAGCAACAAUAACGGCAGCUGCAACAAUAACAACAACAAAAACAACAGCAGCAGCAACAGCAACAAAAAAAUCAACAGUAACAACAACAACUAUCUGUAACCAGUUACCAUCAAUAAACCACCUAAAUAUUUACUAAUAAAUACAACUGCACUGAUUCAUAGGUGUGUGUGUGGGGAAAAAAUCUGUAAAUGAAUUCAUUCGAGUGUCUCAUUUCAUUAUCAUACACCCACCUUGUUAUUAGUAUUUAGAAAUGUUCUUAAGAGACACUGUGUGAAGUUAACACCAGAUUACUCCUACACUCAGCUCCAGAAAUAUUGGCACCCUUAUUAAAGAAGGAUAAAAUAUUAGUGAGAAAUCUGUCCUGAUUCCUGAGAAGGUCUCAGCGGGACACACGACUGCUGGAGUCCUAAACACUGUCAUGUGCUUAUUCUGGGAUACAGGAGACUCACUGAACAUUUCAUGACUGACUUUAUAAUAAUACAUACAGUAGCUGUAGCUUUAUAUUCACGCUAUCCGUGAAGAGAACGGGUUCCUCUGUGUUAGUCUGCUUCCUCUCCAGGUUUCUUCCUCAUGUCGCCUCAGGGAGUUUUUUUCCGUUCUUCUGAAGCCUCGUUAAGGAUCUAAAUCUACAUCUGCAUUUCUGUGUAGCAUUGUCUAAAAAAAAAAUAUGUCC